AUGGCUACGACGACAACAUCAGCGGCCCUGUCGAAAGCCGCCUCUGAGAUCCUGCCGCCUCGCUGGUGCUCUUUUCACCCCGUGUCGGAGCGUCGUGCAGUCAGUCAUUCUCUCACGAUAGCAGAAGCGGCCGUCGCAGAAGCAAAGCAGGACCAUAAUAAUAACAGCCGCAAGCACGACGCGGCACCGCGCUGCGGCGCGCUUGUUCCGGCCAAGUGUGCCGAUUCCCUUGCCCGACGCACGGCAUCUCCUCUCCCGGCGGGCGGGUCUCCGGCUCACGCGCUGCUGCUGCGGCCGUCGCCACCGGCGCGAGUCGCUCAGAUCGCGCGCGAAUGCGAAAUGCGUAACACUGGCUGUCCUCGGACGGCCCAACAUCACGGCACGCUGGUGCUCCAAAGCGUGACCGAGGCGAUGCCGCUGGUGUUGCCGAUGAAGAGCGGCGGAAUCGAGAUGUGGAGUCCACCUUCACCGGUCGUCGUAUCGGCCCGAGCGCCUCUUACUCCGCUCGGGAGUUCAUUAGGCUCUCUAGGUCCACCAGGUGGAGGUGGCCCUCUGGGAAGCAAAAGCCCUCCACUUAAUGCGAGCCUAGCGACUUCCGCCCCCACACUGGCCUCACUUGGGCCCGACUUUGCCUCGGUGUGGCGACAAAGCUCAAAUGGGACACUUAACGGAUAUUCAUCAUGGAGCGAUAUGGUUAUCAUGGACUCUCAAGAAACGGAAGAACUUUUGCUACUUGGCGGAAUGUCAGGAAGAUGCGCCUCCUUACAGACUAUAGGAUACGCGGAGGCGACAGUGCCCGAGAAGGGUGAUAUGUUCCCAUCUCCUCAGAUUAGUCCAGCAGCCACCUCCUCGCCUACCCAGCAGCAGCAACAAACCCGCUACUCCACACCUGGCCCUCGAGCUACAGGAACAGCAAGUGGAACUCAACAAUAUACAAACGCGAGCUCGCCCGCGAGCACUUCUCCGGCACCGGUGCUCUGGUCUACCACGACGGUGUCGUCAAGCCCGACAUUUCCCAGCCAAGACAAAUUUUCCCCUCUGCUCAACCUCAACCUGCUCCAGCAGCACCCUACGGGCAGCCUCCCAUUGCCAUCCCUCAGCACCGUCGUCCCAACGGACGUCACAACAACAUCUUCACAACAGCAACAGCAACAACAAUUUACCCAGCAGCAGCAGCAGCAACAACAGCAGCAGCAGCAGCAACAACAACAACAACAGCAACAACAGCAACAAGUUGCCUGCGCCACCCCUCCAUCAACACAUUCACCGUACGCCGGCCAGGAAGCUGAUGGUGGAGUGACGGUUAUGUCGGUAGUACCCCAAGUGCCGCCGGUGUCUGGUCCUCACGAGUCGGCGUUCGUAGCAGUCGUCGGACAAACCUCGUCCACCCAAAAUGGACCGACGGAGACAAGCGACUCGCUAGUCGGUGUCGUCGGUGGCCAGCAAUUUGCGUCACAGCAUUUCGAUGCUUCGUUUAUGCUGUCUGGUGGAAAGCCGACCUAUGCAACUGCAACGAUCGGCGGGAGCUUACCAACGGCGGUCGGACUCACUGGCACAAGUCCGCCCCCAGCAACCGAUGUUGUCGGAUCACUUGCGCCGCUUGAUCCGGCCAGCCUUCAGGAGCUGACGUUCCGAACGCCGGGAAUCGCCAGUUGUACCACGAAUAAUCUCAGCAAUGGGUCAACCACAACAACAAAGACCUACCAGUGGACCAACUAUUCACCGCCCACGACCACAUCGUCCGAUCUCUCAUAUACUCUACAGGCUGUUACUGUGAGCGGGCCCCCGGUGGUGGUCCCAAAACAAGAACCAGACUAUUCUAGCGGCUUACAGACGCAAGGAAGUCUAGAUGACACUUCCAACGCUAGCGCGUCUAGCAACGGCGGAUCUCGAAGUUCAUCAGGGGUAGCUACAUUAGCAGAGUACAAUCAGGCAACGAGCAAAGGCCAUGAGAUCCUCAGUCAAGCCUACCAGAACAGUCCCACACCGCUCAAGCUUGUGCCCGUGAAGCCGCGCAAGUAUCCAAAUCGACCAUCCAAAACGCCAGUUCACGAACGGCCCUGCGCUUGUCCGAUUGAGGGUUGUGACAGACGAUUCUCUCGUUCGGACGAACUGACACGUCAUAUCCGAAUCCACACAGGACAGAAGCCGUUCCAAUGUCGUAUAUGCAUGCGCUCGUUCAGUCGUUCUGAUCACCUUACUACCCACAUCAGGACCCACACAGGCGAAAAGCCCUUCUCGUGCGAGGUGUGCGGUCGUAAAUUCGCUCGCUCCGACGAGAAGAAGCGCCACGCGAAAGUGCACCUGAAACAGAAACUAAAAAAAGAAGGACGUUCGGGCGCCUUAGGAGGCCCGACGUUGCACGUCAACACAUCCGUAUCUCACUCAUAUCAUCAGACAACCUCUCCUGGCAGCUUGCUAGGCGUUGAUAUGCUCGGUAGUAAUGUUGGAGUUAACGUGCACGGGUUAACUAGUUACUCGGAUGUGAUGCCUACGGUAAUUACAACUCAACCUUAAAAUUCGAUAACCUCUUAAACAUGAACGUCCUUCACCUAGCCCCGCAUUAUUCCGUACGGUAUGGAUAUGCAUGGCGUCAAACCCUCCGUAACGCACUAGCGAUCUAUAUAUAUAUAUAUACGCUUCUAUAGGGGCAUCCCAGCUCUCGAGAAGACAUCUCUGUCAAACCCUAUCCGUAAAUUUCGUCACGACUGCAACAGCGGCAGCGAGCAACAUCUUAGGAUACGGCUUCAGAGUGGACCAUUGAUAAUUCAGAAGUGCUAAAAGCCGUCUGGUGUUAGAUAGCGGACAGGUCCAUUGUCGAUGGGGACGGAAAACGGCUUGUCAAGAUAGCGAACGUCAACAUGAAUUAAUAGCUUUAAUGUCGACUACUAUAUACAAAUAAUCAACGUCCAUUAAAGUUUGUAUCCAACAAUUAUCGUUACGCCCAAAGGCGAGGCAGUCCAUUAUACAGGAAAGGGUGGAACACUGAUUUCCCUUCUGACUAUGUAAAAAAAGAGAGACAAAAAACCUUUCAGUAUGUGCAUUGGCACCGUCAUCGUAACUAUGAUACUAUCUAUCCACUUUUAAUAGGGAAUUAUCAAAAGUCAGUCAGUCAGCCGUAUAGGCCUUACGAUGACCGUUUCUCAGCACGCGAAACUCGCGACAUAGAGCACCACUGAUCAACAGCAGAGGCUGCUCGGCCAGCUCGUUACUAUUAUAAUUAUAUAUUGUGCAAAUGACGAUUCAGUGCAGACACAUAUAUUCGUACACAGACAAAAUGCAAUGGCUAUAUGUGUACACUAUAUAUAUUAGUAUAUAUAUACAUGCAUAUUAGCGUACGUACGUACAUACAUACAUACAUGUAGCACACCACCACCACAUAUAUCUUCAUCCGCAAUCUGGCCUGCGCAUGGCCGCUGCAAAGUGUAUUGCUACGAUGUAUCUAUUAUUAUUAUUAUUAUUAUUAUUAUUAUAAAUAACAAUGAAUUACUACAAUUGUUAUAUGUAUAAUAGUAAUAUCAAGCACCACUUGCACGUGCAAUAGACAAAAAGGAUAAAAAACAAAAACAAGGAAGAGGAGGAAAGCUUCUUCUGCCAAGAGAUUGAAAAGAACUGCAAGAACAAAAGGAUUCUGAUGAUAGGAUGACAAAUAGAACCAUAAUACCGACGAG